AUGUCGUCUGGAUGCUUUAUUUUAUUCACUUUUAUUUUUUCUUUCUCUAUUUUUUUCUUUCUCUAUUUCUUUCGUUCCUUCUUUCUUUCUUUGUCUAUUUCCUUCUUUCUUUCUUUUUUCAAACCGUCACGGUUCUUUUUUUCAUUCAGUUUUAUUUCUUUCUUUUGCUUUUUCUAUCUUUUUUCCCUCUUUUUUUUCUCUUUCUUUCGUUUUUUUGCCUUUCUUUUAAACCGACGUUUUUUUACCUUUUUUCCUUCUUUCUUUCUUUCUUCCUUUCUUUUUCUCUCUGUACGUAUUAUUUUUAUCACUCUUUCCUUUUUUUCUUAUAAUUUAUUUUGUUACCUUCUUUCUUCUUUUAUCCCCAUUUUUUAUUAUUUCUCAUCAUUGCUGUUUUUUUCACUAUCAUUUUUUCUUUCAUUUAUUCUUUUUUUAUCUCAUUCAUCGUUUGCAUUGGUUUCCUUAUCGUUCCCAUUGAAAAUCAUUUUUUCUUUCUCCCCAUUUCUUCUUCUUUCGUUUCAUCAUUUCGAUCACAUUGCUUUUGGGUUGAUUUCUUUUUUUUUUUUUUUUUUGCCUAUGCCCUUUCAGCGACCGCUGGUUGAACGCAGGCGGAAAUGA